AUGGCGGGGAGGUCCAAUAUCCCGGCGAACAACUCCGCCCUCAUCGCCAUCAUCGCCGAUGAGGACACUGUCACUGGGUUUUUGAUGGCUGGGGUUGGCAAUGUUGAUCUGCGCAAGAAAACAAAUUACCUUCUUGUAGAUAACAAAACGACAGUGAAACAGAUUGAAGAUGCAUUUAAAGAGUUUACUGCAAGGGAGGAUAUUGCUAUUGUGCUCAUCAGCCAAUAUAUUGCAAACAUGAUUAGGUUUCUGGUGGAUAGCUACAACAAGCCAAUCCCUGCGAUAUUGGAAAUUCCAUCCAAGGACCAUCCAUAUGAUCCAGCGAGUGACUCGGUCCUUUCUCGUGUGAAAUAUCUGUUUUCUGCUGACUCGGUUGCUUCUGAUAGGCGUUGA